UUCUACUACCAGGUGCAAGGACAAAUGAUGGUGACUGGGCACAGGUGGUGCGAUUUUGUUUUCUGGACGAACAACACCACUGACGCCAAUUCGACGCACAUUGAGACAAUCACCCUAGACGAGGAGUUUGUCAGUAAGGAGCUGCUACCUGGCUUGCUGCAUUUUGCCGAGCAUGCUCUGUUCCCCGAGGUGAUCACUAAACGCAUCCAGCGACACAAGGACCUGGCUAGGGGAAAGUAUGUCUCCUUCAAGAAGUUUCGUGAGGGAACCUACAGGGUGGAGGACGGUCCUGGCUUAAAGAAAACAUUCAGAAAACUGAAGUGAAGUGGAGACUGAAUGACCACAAAUGCAAAACGGCCCUUGUGUGUGUCGGAAUUGUCGUGAGAGCCACAGCACGAAGAGGGCGCCACAAGCCAGACGACAAAGAAGCCAGCGAGAGGACUGAGUGCGAGAGUAUGGGUCGGAGAACGCCAACACGACGGACGCACGGAGACUGAUGUGCGGGCUCACUGCUCAUGUAACCAUGUAAGGUAUCGUUAACUCGAAUUAAACGCUUCGUUUACGCCAACCUCGUCCCGACAUGGUGGCAGCGGUGGGAUGCUGUGGAAGACAAGUCAACUAGCUACAACAGCAACCGCUCCGGGGAGGCAAGGCACGGGAACGCUCGGAAUCCGAAACUUUGCACCGCCACGCUUGGAAUCCGAAACUUUGCGUCGCCACGACAAGGUACGUCGGCGGAACGCUCGGAAUCCGAAACUUUGCAUCGCCACGCCAAGGUACGUCUGCAACGACCACGCCGACCGGUAAGCGAUGGCCACUGGGCAACAAGCUGCGCAACAACCAACGUCGCUCAACGUCGCUGAGUUGCCAGAAAAGUUGGAUUUUCGACGUCCCGAUGAUUGGAAGCGUUGGUUCACCCGAUGGGAGAGAUACCGGGUCAUUUCUGGGUUGAAAAAACAAGACGGGGAAACCCAAGUGAACACGUUAGUUUACGCUAUGGGACGCGAAGCAGAAGAUGUCCUGGCGUCGCUGAAACUGACUGAUGCCCAGAAACACGACUACGAUGCAGUGACAACCGCCUUCGGCAGACACUUUGUCCCUCGGACGAAUGUCAUCUACGAACGUUUAAAGUUCAACAGGCGUGUGCAGGAAGCGCACAAAACGGUCGACGCCUUUGUGACAGAUCUCUACAAGCUGGCAGAGGUAUGUGCAUACGGCGACUUAAAAGAAGAGCUAAUUAGAGACCGACUCGUCGUGGGACUCGUCGACGUCAAGCUGAUUGAGCAGCUUCAGCUCAACCCUGAACUAACGUUGGAGACGGCGAUCUCCAAGGCUCGAAAUUCGGAAACUGUGAAGCAGCAACUCAAGGAACUGCGACCACAAGCACAGCCGAACGCGAUCGUAGACGAGCUUCACUUCUCCGCGCAGCGGGCCAAAGAGAAGAAGCAGCUACCAGUCCGCAACAAAGAACAGAACCAAGCUUGCAGAUGGUGUGGUUCCACGCGCCCACACUUGCGUGCCAAGUGUCCUGCUGCCGACAAGACAUGCAAUGGGUGUGGAAAAAAAGGACACUUCGUGUCAGUGUGCCUGUCCACAAAGAAGAAAACUCAAGACAGCCAGAGUCAGCGCCACGCCGCACUCGAAGAGGUUUACCUGGGUAAAGUAACAAGUCAACUCGGAUCAGAACACUGGCGGAUCACAGCUUGCGUCAACGGCUCGCCCGUAGAGUUCAAGGUGGACACGGGAGCUGACGUCACGGCCAUCCCGUCCAGGGUCUACAACAAGUCACUCAUGGGACCACUCAGCAGACCUACGAAGGCACUCCUGGGGCCCGGCCGAGCCAAGAUUCCCACCGUGGGACAGUUCAAGGCGACCCUGAGGUGGAAUGGACGAUCGUGCCAGGAGCAGGUGUUCGUAGUGGACAACCUUCACGACGCGCUUCUUGGCCAUCCAGCAAUCAAGUCUCUGCAAGUCCUGUGCAGCCUGUCUGUAGUCGAGGGAUCCGAGGUAGACGAAGACGACACACACAGCAGACAUCUUCAGUGACUACCCCAAGCUGACUGCGGGUCUCGGACUACUAAACACCGAGUACAAGGUAGCUCUGCUCCCCAACGCCAAACCGUAUGCGGUAACGUACCCGAGGCGCGUCCCUCUUCCAAGUGUCAAGCAGGAGCUGGAGCGGAUGGCGAGCCUCGGAGUCAUCGCAAAGGUAGACCACGCAACUGAGUGGUGUGCACCGAUGGUUGUGGCCAGAAAGAAAAACGGAGAACUACGCAUCUGUGUCAAUUACAGUGGCCUGAACAGCUGCAUCCUGAGGGAAUGAGUCUUAAUGCCAACUGUCGACGAAUGCCUUGGAAAACUGGCUGGAGCAACCUGGUUCAGCAAACUCGACGCCAGAGCGGGCUACUGGCAAGCCCCACUGGCAGCAGAAUCACGGGAGUAUACAACCUUCUUGACGCCAUGUGGUAGAUUUCAGUUCCUCCGACUACCAUUCGGUAUCUCCACUGCACCCGAGUUCUUCCAGCGUGAGAUGCUAACAGUACUCGAAGGUCUCGAAGGUCAAGCUUGCCUUCAAGACGACAUCAUCGUGUUUGGAAGAACGAGAGAAGAACGUGACUCACACUUGCAUCAGGUACUCAAGCGCCUGCAAGAUGCGGGCAUAACUCUCAACAAGGACAAAUGCGUUCUUCGCAAACAGUCUGCAGAAUUCCUCGGACAUGUCGUCUCGGCCAACGGGGUCAGUGCGGAUCCAGUAAAGAUCAAGGCUCUCGCUCAACUGACACCGCCAGGAGAUGUAUCGGAGGUCAGGUCGUUCCUGGGUAUGGCAAACCACCUGGCUAAAUUUCUCCCUGGACUCUCUCAACUCACGAAACCGCUUUGCGAUUUGCUUCACCAUGACGCUGAUUGGUGCUGGGGAGAGCCUCAACAAAAAAGUUUCGACUCCGUCAAAGAAGCACUGACGACCACACCGGUACACUACGAUCCUCGAAGUCAUCUCACAGUCUCAGCGGAUGCAUCCUUGUACGGCCUUGGGGCUGUCCUCCUUCAGGAGAUGUCCGGAAUGCGACUCCCUGUUGCCUACGCAUCACAGUCACUCACAGAAACUGAACAACGCUACGCCCAGAUAGAAAAGGAGACGCUGGGAAUCGCAUGGGCAUGCGAGCAUUUCCGCCAGUACUUGCUCGAUCUGCAAUUCCACAUAGAGACCGACCAUAAGCCGCUCAUGCCUCUGUUGUCAUCAAAGCGCAUAGACGAGCCGAGUCCAUGAUUGCAGCGUCUGCGAAUGAGACUGCUGGAAUUUGACUACACAAUCUCCCAUAUUCCCGCAAGGAGAUCCAUACAGCUGACGUACUCUCACGGAAGCCGCAAGCAACAACGGACAGCAGCAGUCCAAGAAGUCUCGAAGUAGCUUUGACAGAAUACGAGCUACUCAGCGUAGAACUCCUACCGGCCUCCACCAACAUGCUGGAGAGGAUCAAAGAAGAACAAAAGCGAGAUCCAACUAUCGUGACUGUUGGGAACUAUUGUUCAACGACGUGGCCCAAGGGCGUGUCACUGCCACUAGCAGUACAGAAAUAUGCCAGUGUGUCCCAAGAGCUCACGGUAGUUGAAGAACUUCUCCUCAAGGGAAGUCGCAUCGUCAUCCCGCCAAGCAUGCAGGACGAGGUGCUGGAAAGCCUGCACACGGGUCAUCAGGGCGUAGGUCGUUGCAGAGCUCGGGCCAAUCAAUCAGUUUGGUGGCCUGGCAUCAGCAGGAGUGUUGAAGACUGUUUCAAGAUGUCCAGUGUGUCAGACACACCGAAAGCCUGGCGCAGAGCCCCUACUACACACUCCACUCCCGAAUCACCCAUGGGAAGUUGUAGGCGCGGACCUCUUUAACGAAAGUGGCGAGAACUACCUUGUAGUGGUAGAUUAUUUCUCGAGGUUCUUUGAACUUGAGAAAUUAAGAAAGACAACAACCCAAGACAUCACACGGGAACUGAGCUAGAUGUUUGCCCAUUUUGGAGCACCCCCAUCAUUCGAUCAGACAAUGGGCCCCAAUUCGCUUCUGCCGAAUUCGAAAGGUUUGCGAAGGAGUGGGGAUCACGCCAUGUAACAAGUAGCCCAUAUUAUCCUCAGAGCAAUGGGGCGGUGGAAAGGACCAUACAGACGGCAAAGCAGCUGCUUUAAAAGUCGCCGAACAUCCACAAGGCGCUGCUUGCUCAUCGGGAUACCCCUGCAACUGAAGGAUACUCCCCUGCGGAACUCAUGAUGGGAAGAAAGAUACGGACAAAUGUUCCAGCUGUGUCCAAAGCGUUCCAGCCUCGGUGGAACAACGAGCCCUUUCGGAAAAAGGAUCGUGCAUACAAAGCAAAGCUGAGUGCACAUUACGAUGCCCGUCGUAGGGUCAAAGAACGAGACCAUAUACCUCCACAUACAGCUGUGCAAAUUCUGUCAGGAGCAGCCACAAGUGGGACAGUGCUGCAAUCAACGCAGUCUCCUAGGUCAUAUGCGGUGAACACAGCCAAUGGCAUCACUCAUUGCACGAGCAGACAUCUGCAACCUUGGCAGCCUGGAAUAACCGUCACGAGAGGUGGACGAAAAUCAAGACCUCCAAGCCGCCUCAACCUGUAGGUGCUGGGAGUCUUCAAAGAAAGGGGGGUGUCGUGAGAGCCACAGCACGAAGAGGGUGCCACAAGCCAGACGACAAAGAAGCCAGCGAGAGGGCUGAGUGCGAGAGUCUGGGUCGGAGAACGCCAACACGACGGGCGCACGGAGACUUGACGUGCGGGCUCAUGUAACCAGGAGGGGCGGACAAUGUUCCGGGAUGCUGGUCUCUCCUGUAAGGGGACCAACGACCAGGGAUGCUCUUGCUUGUGCCACAAGUUGGAUUGCUGCUCUGGAAGGCCCAGCUGCUGCUGCUGUCGAAGGCCCGGCUGUAGCUGAAGGUCGAGCCGCAGCUACGCAAGGUCUGGUUGCAGCCGCGGAAGG